AUGCAUCGCACAUACAGUAUGCGCCAGUCUCGCGCGCCCACGGCGUCGCAGAUCCAGAACCCCCCUCCUCCAUCUUCUUCGACGAAGAGCGGCCGCUUCUUUGGCAAGGCCAACAUUGGCCACACUUUCCGCCACAAGUCUGCUGGCGCAUUCGGACCCGAUCUUUCGAAGAAGCUCUCACAGUUGGUGAAGAUGGAGAAGAACGUCAUGCGCAGCAUGGAGCUCGUGUCUAGGGAGCGCAUGGAGGUCGCUCAACAACUUUCCAUCUGGGGAGAGGCAUGUGACGACGAUGUCUCCGACGUUACAGACAAGCUUGGUGUCUUGAUCUACGAGAUCGGUGAGCUCGAGGACCAGUAUGUCGAUCGUUACGACCAGUACCGCGUCACGAUCAAGAGCAUCCGUAACAUCGAGGCUUCUGUCCAGCCCAGCCGUGAUCGCAAGCAGAAGAUCACCGACCAGAUUGCGCAGUUGAAGUACAAGGAGCCCAACUCUCCCAAGAUCGUUGUCCUCGAGCAGGAGCUUGUGCGUGCUGAGGCCGAGUCUCUCGUUGCUGAGGCCCAGUUGUCCAACAUCACACGUGAGAAGCUCAAGGCUGCUUUUACCUACCAGUUUGAUGCCAUGCGCGAGCACUGCGAGAAGCUCGCCAUUAUCGCCGGCUAUGGAAAGCACCUCCUCGAGCUCAUUGAUGACACUCCUGUCACUCCUGGUGAGACUCGUCAGGCUUACGAUGGAUACGAGACCUCGAAGGCCAUUAUCCAGGACUGCGAAGACUCUCUCACCAACUGGGUGGAGCAGAACGCCUCUGUUUCCUCCAAGCUUUCCACCCGCUCUCGCACUCUCUCCCAGCGCCGCCGCAACCGCAGCCAGCACACUGGCGAGCCCGUUGACCUGUCCGGCCAGGAUCAGCCACUUGACAGCCGCGAAUCUGGCUUGUGGAUUCCUGCGUCCGAGCACCGAGGUAACGGCUACGACGAUGAGGAGGUCGACGAGGCUGCUUCCACCAUCGCUAGCGAACACCGUGGCCGUGAGGAGGAGAGGAUUGUCGCAUAA